AUGAAAAAAAGUUAUUUUUCGAAUGAAAUUUCAAAAGAAAUUAUUCUUAAUGAGAGAGAAAAUGAGCUAAAAAAGCUACUUCUUUUAGUUUCUGAAGAUUGUAGGCGAAGAGGAAGACCAGUUAUACUUAGAUUUGCUGGUGGCUGGGUCAGAGACAAGUUACUUGGGCUUGAAAGCAAUGAUUUGGACGUUGUAAUUGAUACUAUGUCUGGAUAUGAGUUUGCAUUGUGUUUAAAUAGAUAUCUUCGUAAGAAUAAGGCAUUUCAGAUAGGAUAUUCUCAUGUAGCAAAAAUUGAACGUAAUCCGGAGAAAUCAAAGCAUUUGGAGACAGCAACAACACAUAUAAUGGGGAUUGAACUAGAUUUUGUAAAUUUAAGAAGUGAAUCGUAUUGUAAGGAUAGUCGUAUUCCUAUAAUGGAAUUUGGAACCCCAGAAGAAGAUUCUUUGCGUAGAGAUUGUACUAUAAAUGCAUUGUUUUAUAAUCUUCAUACAUCCGAGAUUGAAGAUUUUACAAAAAGAGGUCUUGAAGAUAUGAAAUUAAAGAGGAUAGCUACACCUUUAGAACCAUAUCAGACAUUUGAUGAUGAUCCUUUAAGGAUCUUAAGAUGUAUUCGAUUUUCAAGCAGGUUUGGUUUUGAGAUUGAUUUAGAAACAAAGCAUGCUAUAAUGCAUCCCAAUAUUAAAAAAUCUUUAUCAACAAAAAUAAGUAAAGAAAGGAUAGGGGUAGAGAUAGGAAAGAUGUUGGAAGGAGUAAAUCCAUAUGGUUCUCUCAAAUUGAUUUAUGAUCUUGGGCUCUAUGAAAAUAUAUUUUCAACUAGUUCCCUUAUGAAACCACAAAAAAAUUUGAACUGUAUUCCUUUGGCCAUUGAAUUGACAAAAUGGAUUAUGCAAGAUAAACAAGAAAAUGCAUUAAAAGAUGAGCUAGACUCAACACUGUCUUCAGAACAUCCUAUAUCUUCAAUUUUAGGAAAUAUUUCAGUAAACCCUUUCGAAGAACAUAUGGAUCUUUUAGGAGGGGUAAAAAAUAAUAUGAUUCCAUGGCUUUUAUCUAUUCUUAUUCCUUGGAAAGAACAAUUGGUAAAAAAUAAAAAAAGAAACGUUCAAUAUUCUUCAGUUAUUGUUAGAGAAGGACUAAAAAUGAGCAAUUAUAUUGCUAAUAUUGUUGAUGAUAGCUUUUCUUACUUUCAAGAAGCACAAAAAAUAUCAAUAGAAUGUAUAAAUGGAAUAGAAACUCGAGUAUCUUUAGGAUGUUUUGUUCGUCUUGUUAAGAAAAAUUGGCCAUUUGCAGUUUUUCUUGGGUUGAUUGAUGAAAUAUUAGCAUCCUUUUUACCGCAAAUGGAUAAAUUAGAAAACAAAUACAAAAUAAAAAGGUCUAAAUUAGAAAUAGAACAUUUGUUUGAUGAAAAAAAAUCCAUUUUAAAUCGAUAUCAAUCCCUUCUUGAUAAAAUUCAUCAUGAAAAUCUCCAAAAAGCAUAUUCUUUGCAACCAAUUGUUAAUGGCCAUAUUCUUUCAAAAACAUUUGGACUUAAAGGACCUCAGAUUGGUGUUGCACUUGAAAAAGUAAUUCUAUGGCAAUUAAAAAACCCAGAAGGUACUCCGGAACAAUGUCUUUCACAACUUAAUUUAAAAUAUAUUUAACUGUAUAUUUUUUCGAUCAUUGUACAAAUUUUAAUUAUAAUUAUCGUUUUGUACCUGAAGAUCAUAUUAUCGUUAGUUGGUUAUAGAUUAAAAAGAUAAGAUUGUUGAUUAAAAUUUGAUAAGCCAAAUUUCAAAAAAAAUAUAAAAAUAAAGACUAUUUAUUAUAGAAUAUUAUCUCAGAUAUA